AGUGUGACGUGGUCACCUCACCCACCGCGCGCCCCCGCGACCUUCUCGACGCUUCCCAAAUCGUCGUCGCCUUCGUCUCCGAUCUCCGUGUCCCGGUAGGGCGUCGGCCAUGGCGGGCUCGAGCGCGCCCCGCCCCACCGUCCUCGUCACCGGCGCCGGCGGCCGCACAGGAAACAUUGUCUACAAUAAGCUCCAAGAGAGGUCCGAGCAGUUUGUCGCGAGAGGUCUAGUGAGGACAGAGGAAAGCAAACAAAAGGUUGGAGGAGGCGUUGAUGUUUACAUUGCCGAUAUAAGGGAUCCAACUCAUCUUGUGCCUGCUUUUCAAGGCGUCGAUGUGCUCAUAAUCCUCACGAGUGCUGUGCCGAAGAUGAAACCUGGUUUUGACCCCAGCAAAGGUGGGAGGCCUGAGUUCUAUUAUGAAGAUGGAAUGUAUCCUGAGCAGGUGGAUUGGAUUGGCCAAAAGAAUCAGAUCGAUGCUGCCAAAGCUUCUGGGGUGAAACAUAUUGUGCUAGUGGGAUCCAUGGGAGGAACGAAUCCUAACCAUCCACUGAACAACCUAGGCAAUGGCAAUAUACUGGUUUGGAAGCGCAAGUCGGAACAGUAUUUGGCAGACAGUGGAGUCCCUUAUACAAUAAUAAGGCCUGGUGGUCUGCAAGACAAAGAUGGGGGACUGAGGGAGUUGAUUGUUGGGAAGGACGAUGAACUUCUCCAGACAGACACAAAGUCAAUUCCGAGAGCUGAUGUAGCUGAAGUUUGUGUUCAGGCUCUGCAGUAUGAAGAGGCAAAGUUCAAGGCGUUUGAUCUGGCUGCAAAACCUGAAGGCACAGGUACUCCGGCAAAAGACUUCAAAUCGUUGUUCUCCCAGGUUACAGCCCGGUUUUGAGCUAUCUAUUGAGGAGCAAAACCCAUGCGGACCAUGUCUAGGUUUUUAAUGAUGUAUCAGUCCUUCACGUAUGGAUUAUGGAUAUGUGUUCGAUAUUUGGAUGUAUAUCUUCGUAGUUAGUGAGUUGUGAUUGUGAAGCUAUAGUUUUACUGUAAUUCAUAAUCGUUUCAUGAAGACUGCUAAUGAAAUCAGUGAAUUGUUCAGACAUCUAUUGAUAUGAUUCAAGGACAUGGCUAUCUUUAAAAAUAA